UUUGUGAUUAGAUAUCACUCCCAAGAUCAUGAUAUAAUCUUAUAAAUCACCUACUCUCAGUCUCACCCACACUCCCACUAACACACAUUCUCUUCCCUCUCCAUUUCUCACUCUUUUUCUCUUCCAUAUUUUGUAAUUAGGUUCCUAAAUCCUAAACAACAAUGGCGUUUACUAACUUUAUAGUAUUUCUAUUCCUAACAUUGAUAUCUUCGAGUUCCAGUGAGGAUAUAACAAUGGAAAACAAGCAACAAUGUGACUUUCCGGCCAUAUUUAACUUUGGUGACUCAAACUCCGAUACGGGCGGCUUGUCUGCGGCGUUUGGGCAAGCGGGCCCGCCUAGUGGCAUGACCUUUUUCCAUACUCCUGCUGGUAGAUACUGUGAUGGCCGCCUUGUCAUUGAUUUUAUUGCACAAAGCUCGGGACUUCCAUAUUUGAGUGCAUACCUUGAUGCCGUGGGAUCAAACUUCAGCCAUGGUGCAAAUUUCGCGACCGCAGGGUCGUGCAUUAGACCUCAAAACACCACACUUCAUCAAAGUGGGUUUAGUCCUAUUUCUUUGAACGUUCAAUGGUAUCAAUUCAAUGAUUUUCAUCGUCGUACCCAAACCUUUCGUCAAAAAGGGAAUGUGUUCAAGCAACUGUUACCAAAGGGAGAAUAUUUCUCCAAGGCUCUGUAUACGUUCGAUAUUGGUCAAAACGAUCUAACGUCCGGAUAUUUUCUGAAUAAAUCUGGUGAUGAAGUUAAAGCUUACAUUCCAGAUGUACUUGAUCAGUUUUCUACUGUCAUCAUGAGCAUAUAUGAUCAAGGAGGGAGGUAUUUUUGGAUUCAUAAUACAGGACCAUUAGGAUGCUUGGCAUACGUAUUGGAGCGUGUGCCAGUAAAGGCAAGCGAAGUGGACCAUGUAGGAUGUGCAAGCCCAAUUAACGAAGUGGCCCAAUACUUCAACCGAAAGUUAAAGGAUGUUGUAGGCCACCUUAGAAAAAAGCUUCCCCAUGCAAGCUUUACUUAUGUGGAUGUCUAUUCUGUUAAGUACGACCUUAUUCACCAUGCAACAAAAUACGGUUUUGAGUAUCCAUUAAGAGCUUGUUGUGGGCAUGGAGGAAAGUACAAUUAUAACGAGCACGUUGGGUGUGGAGGAAAGAAAACAGUGAAAGGCAAACAAAUAUUAGUGGCAAAAGCAUGUAAAGAUCCUUCUAUUGUUAUCAACUGGGAUGGCGUUCAUUACACUGAGGCUGCCAACAAAUGGGUCUUUGAUCGGAUCGUCGAUGGUUCUUAUUCGGAUCCUCCCACUCCCUUGAAAUUAGCUUGUCAUAAGCAUUGAUUUAUCAUAUCUUUACAUUUUAUUUCUCAAGCUCAGUUAAUUAAUGUAUGGUGAGCUUCAAUGAAAUAACAGUUACUUGUGUUUGGCUUUAAAGACCUCUUUCAAAUAAGUUACUCUCUAUUCUCUA